AUGGCUUUAACUUACGAUUACGAUGAGCAAAGUGAAACAUGGCCAUUCUUUGUGCUCACAAUAUUAUUAAUGAUUAUAGUGCCUGUAACCAUAUCACACAUCUACCAUUUAUUUGCUAAGUCUGACGGUGAAGCAGAAGAUGGGAAUGAUGUUGGGUCUUUUGAAUCUUUAAGUGACAAGUAUACAAGUCAAGAGAUUAAGCAAUUUAGAAAGAAGUUUGAUCGUGGUAAUAACAAAGGCAACAUUUUGAGCAGGAGAAAUAUUUUACUUAUGAUCGGUUGGGCCUUCGUAGCAUUUCUGAUCCAUAGAAUAAAUACAAACGAUGCUAUACAAGAUUCUGUUUCCAGUUUAUUUGAUCCAUAUGAUAUCUUAGGUAUCUCGUCCAGUGCUUCAGAAAGAGAAAUAAAAUCUGCUUAUAGAAAAUUAUCAGUGAAGUUCCAUCCAGAUAAAUUAGCCAAGGAAUUGACCGAACAAGAAAGAACGACUAUGGAAGAAGCAUAUGUCCAAAUUACAAAGGCCUACGAAGCUCUUACCGACGAAUUGACAAGACAAAACUUCUUGAAAUAUGGUCAUCCUGAUGGACCACAAUCUACCUCUCAUGGUAUUGCUCUACCAAGCUUCUUAAUCGAUAGCACUUCUUCUCCAAUAUUAGUCGCCAUUUACAUCGGUUCUUUUGUCUUAUUAUUACCAUAUGUCGUAUCAAAAUGGUGGUCAAAGACUCGUUCUUAUACUAAGAAGGGAAUUCAUGUCAAAUCUGCUUCUUACUUUGUGGACAGAUUAGUCAAUUAUAAACCAUCAGAGAUCGUUACCGUUGAUUUGAUGUUAAAAUGGUUAUCUUACGCUGAAGAAUUCAAACAAUUUUUCCCAGAUAUGAAACCAGAAGAUUUUGAGAAGCUUUUACACGAUUAUAUCAAUCGCAGAGACAGUGGAAGUAAGAAAUUGAAUAUGGCCAAAUAUAGGAUUGUUGCUAAAUGUCAUUCAUUAAUUCACGGUUUAGUCGAUAUUGCAUGUGGUUUCAGAAAUUUGGAAGUCGCAACAGUUGCUUUAGAUACUUUUAAAUGUAUUGUUCAAGCUGUACCAAAGAGCCCAUACUCUCAAAUUGAACAAUUACCUAACGUUGAUAUGGAAGUCUUUAAGAACGGAAUGACUGACAAGAUUCAAACAGUUGGUAAAUUAUUCAAGUAUGAUGAUGAAAAAAUUGGUAAGAUUCUUGGUAUUAAAGAUAAUGAUCAACUCAAAGAAACUCUUCAAGUUGCUGCAAACAUCCCACAAUUGCAUGUCUUAAGAGCUGAUUUCGUUGUUCCAGGUGAAACCGUCGUUACUCCCCUAUCUACUCCUCAUAUUUCGAUAAAAGUCCUCUUACGUUCUGCUAAACACAAAUUAAUUCCAACCGAAAAAUUCCCAGCGGAAAUGUUAGAAGAACCAGAAGAUUUUGAACAUAUGAGAGAUCCUUUUGCAUCCAUGGCAAAGCAACCACUGGUCCCAUACUCAUUUGCACCAUAUUUCCCUACCAAGAGACGCAAUACUUGGUGCUGUUUAGUAGCUUUACAAAAAGAUAAUAAAAUUGCGCAAACUGCAAUGAACAUAGAAAGACUGUCAUUUAAGAAUUUGAGUAAACAUUUCGAUAAGAGAACUGUCAAAGAUUUAGAAAGUGGUAAUUUCAAUCCAAGUGAUUGGGAAAUAGGUACCAUCAAAAUUCCAUUAGGUCAACAAGCUCCAAAGGAAACUGGUAAUGUAUUUUUCAGAAUAGUCAUCAAAUCUACUGAUUACUUCGGCUCAGAUUUAGAUAUUACUAUGAAAAUGCAUGUGCAAGAUCCUCCAAAGGUAGAAGAAGCCGAAGAUUUGGAUAUAUACGAUGCCUCUGACGAAUCUGAACUUGAAGAUUCUGACGAAGAAGAUGAAAGCGACAGUGAUUAUACUGAUAUAGACACCGAUACUGAGGUUGAAGAAGAUGCUACGGACAAUUAG